UUCAAAAUCAAUUGAUCAACCUAAUACAUUUCAUGCAAAAAGUUUUGGUCCACACUUAUCUCAAUAACGGAAUGGUCAAGUGCUGACCUGAAGCACAAUUUGACAGUUGCUGCUGAAGUAGUCUACAGUACUAAACUUCUCAUCGCCCUUUCUUGGCGCUCUCAUUGCCUUAUUUACCUGACAAAGCGGUGAAUUCAAAAUCCAGGCAAAUUUUGCAGAUUCCAUUUUGCCGUAAUCCGAAUGUACUUGUUCCUUCGAUGGCAGGUUUAGGGUUCUCUAUCGGAAUGGUGGAUUCUGCUAUGAUGCCUCACAUGGGUUAUUUGGUGGACCUGCGCCAUACGUCGGUUUACGGCAGCGUGUAUGCCAUAGCAGACGUGGCAUUUUGUCUGGGGUUUGCUGUUGGGCCGUCUUUGAGUGGAACGAUAGUGAAAGCAGUUGGAUUUUCAUGGAUGCUUUGGGGGAUGGCAAUAACUGUAUUCCUGUUCGCGCCGCUGAUGUAUUUCCUGCGUAACCCACCCGCUGUCAAAGAGGAGAAGAUGGCACUUAUCAUGAACGACAAAUGCCCGGUCCAGUAUGUGACCUACGCCCAAAACCAAAAGAGUGCGGAUAAUUCGGAUGAUGAGCCAGAAACCAUGGAAUCCUACAACGAUUAUUAACAUCUGGCGUAGCUUUAGGGGCGAUCCAGUACCUUAAACUAGAUAUUUAUUGAAGCGUACCGCCCGUUAUCAGACAAUUGCAUGGGCGAAUUUGGUCGUAUUUUAAUGAAUUAUUAGCAUGGACUGUAAGAAUGUAGAUGGGAGUAACAUCACUUGUAUUUGUAGAUAAGUAUUUCAUUUUCCGGUAGGACGGGCAGUAUCUAUGGAGAGGGUAACUAGGAUUCAGUGUUCAGAUACUUUUGCAACAAAGUAAUUAUGUGGUGAAGGGAUUUACUGACCAAUCGCACAAAUGUUUAAUGUUCAAGUAUAGAUGCCUUUCCUUGCUUCCAGCUAUCCUGUCUAUGAAAGGAAUAAACAAAUUGCAAAUUUUAUCAUGUUUUAUCAAUUAAAAUUUGAAAAAAAAAUCCACUUAAAAUUGAGGCAAGUCAAGGAAAAAAAUUAAUUGAACGGUUUUGUUCAUCUGGUAUAUGAUAUUGACAAAAGA